AGUGCCAUUAUUGCGCACGAUGGUGGCCUGAGCCACCCAGAGGAGGCCACCUGACACCCAGCAUCCCUGCUCAGGAAGGCAGGAAGGAAGCGAGAACAUCCCUGAGCAAGACCAACAAUUGCUGAAUAAACACAACCCCCCCUGAGAAUCACGCAGACAGGCACUGUCUCUUUACCUGGGAAUUGCAAAGGAAGUGAGAACAUCCCCGAGCAAGACCAAAAAUUGCUGAAUAAACACAAACCCCCUUGAGAAUCACGCCAACAGGUGCUGCCUCUUCACCUGGGGAUUGCAAAGGAGUGGAAGCCAAUAUCAGAUGAUUUAAAACAAAACAAAGGAAAAACCACAUUUGUGACAUCAGAAUGCAAAUGCUAUUGUACCAAAGGAAAAAUGAAAACAGCUUGACCAGCCCUGGAAUCAAUUUAUUUCUGUGCCCCAAAUGCAUAGCACUUGGUAGAAAGAGCAAGCCCCACCGCCAUGGACAGUGUGCCCCUCGUCUGUGACCACGGGUCUGGCUUCAGCAAGGUGGGAUUUGCAGGAAUGGAAAGCCCAACGGGCGUGUUCCCCACUGUCCUCGGGAAACUUCGGCACGAUAACCUAUUGGUGGGGAUGGAAGAGGAAGACUGGUUCAUCGGGGAGGAGGUUCAGAAAAAACGAGGGAAACUCAACCUGCAAUAUCCCAUUUCUCGGGCAACGACGACCAACUGGGACAAUAUGGAGAAGAUUUGGCAUCACUCCUUCUACCAGGUGCUCCACGUCGCCCCAGAGCAGCACCCCAUGUUGGUGACGGAGCCGCCUUUGAACCCAACACCUAGCAAAGAGAAAGUCACACAGGUGCUGUUUGAGACUUUCAACAUACCUGCCCUGUAUUUAGCUAACCAAGGAGUCCUUUCUCUGUACGCCUCUGGCCAGACCUCCGGCAUGACUGUUGAAUCUGGAGAAGGAAUGACACACUUUGUGCCCAUCGCUGAUGGCUGUCCUUUGCAUCAGUCAACCUUCCAGGUGGACAUAGCGGGCCAGGACCUAACCUUGUACCUCCUGCAACUGUUGAAAGACAAUGGGCAAUUACUGGUGGGCACAGGGGAUCGAGAGUACAUCCGGGACAUGAAGGAGAAAUGCUGCUAUGUGGCUUUGGACUUUGACAAGGAAAAGACGAAAACUGAUUCACCUUCCCACCAACGGAAAUAUCAGCUGCCUGAUGGCCAAGAGAUCACCGUUGGGCAGGAGAGCUUCUUCUGCCCAGAGGUGCUCUUCCAGACAAAACUCAUAGGGAAAAACACCCCUGGCAUCCACACGAUGGCCAUCCAGAGCAUCACUUCCUGCAACCCCAACCUCCAGAAGGUUCUCUUCGGCCACAUGCUACUGUCCGGAGGGACGGGCUCCUGCCCCGGCUUGCAAUUCCGGAUGCAGAGAGAAAUAUCUGAGCUGGUGUCCCCUACAGUUUAUGUGAAGGUGGCCACCUGUCCGUAUUCCAUCUAUGGAGCUUGGGUAGGUGGCUCUAUCUUGUGCUCACUCUCCACGUUCAAGGAUAUGUGGGUCACCAGCAAGGAGUACAAGGAGAUGGGCUCUUCCAUCAUCAGUAGAAAAAGCUUCUGAUGUGUGGCUUUCAGGACCAUGUCGCCUGUGCCUUCGACACCACCUGCAGGAUGAGCCUUGUUGUGGCUGAAUUGAUCAGAGCUCAGAACCAGCUCAAGGGCAAAGGCACUUCCUCCCCCAGACUUCAAUAAAGAAGGUCAACAAAG